CACCAAUGCGGUUUCCCCGCGGAUCGGGUUUCACUAUAAGACCAUGGCUUAUUGCCCCCGUGGUGUGUAGCAGACCCGGCCACUUGUCAAAGCCACCAGGAAUCCACUCUUCCGUCCUUCGCGAUCUAAAGGGCUCAGCUCAAAAUGUCUGACACCGAAGAAGUGUACGAGGAACAUGAGGAACAUGAGGAACAUGGAGAGGGAGAAGAAGAAGUUGCUCAGGAAGAAACAUAUGCGGAAGAAGAGGAGGUUGCAGCAGAAGAAGAAGUCCACCAGGAAGAAGAGGAGGAAAAGCCAAAACCAAAACUAACUGCUCCCAAAAUCCCAGAUGGAGAGAAAGUUGACUUUGAUGACAUCCAUAAAAAGAGGCAGAACAAAGAUCUGAGUGAGCUGCAAGGCCUGAUUGAUCUUCACUUCGAGAAUAGGAAGAAGGAGGAAGAGGAACUGAUUGCACUGAUGGACCGGAUUGAAAAAAGACGGGCAGAAAGAUCUGAACAGCAAAGAAUCCGUGCGGAGAUAGAAAAGGACCGUCAGAAUAGGCAGGCAGAGGAGAAAGUAAGAAGGGAGGAGGAUGAUAUUCGAAGAAGGGCUGAUGAUGAUGCCAAGAAGAAGAAGGCUUUGACUAGCAUGGGUGCUCAAUACAGCAGCUACCUUGCAAGGGCUGACCAGAAGAGAGGCAAGAAGCAGACUGGGAGGGAAACAAAGAAGAAGAUCCUCGCAGAAAGACGCAAGGGACUGAACAUUGAUCAUCUGAAUGAAGACAAGCUCAGAGAGAAAGCAAAGGAGCUCCAUGAUUGGCUGUGCCAGCUAGAAUCGGAAAGAUUCGAUAUGGGUGAGAAGCUGAAGAGGCAGAAGUAUGAGACUUCGUCUCUACGUACAAGGUUGCAGCUACUCUCCAAGUUCAGCAAGAAAGGUGCUGGGAAGGGCAAGGUGGGAGGCCGCUGGAAGUAAGUGGCUGGAGAGAUGUCUUCUGUUGCAGUGUGACCCAACUUCGUUGCCUCAUCCUUGGAUUCCUGCCAGGUGUAUCUUAAGUGGCAAGACGCUCUGCAGCACCAGGAGAUCCAAAGCUUUGGAACAACCACCGAGUCAUCUGUGGCUCGACAUUGCACAUUGGAUCUACGACAAUUGUCCCUUUACCUACUGUAUUAAUAUACGGCCCAUCCUCCUCCUUGUUUUUGUAAAUAAAAAAUGGCAUCUAACUUA